ACUUGGUUGCGUUAUAUGCUGCCAAAGAAUCUUCUUAAAGAUUUAUAUAAAUAAUUAUGUUCAAGUAUUCUUGGAAGUAACACUUUCCUACUGCUCAAUAUGAUAUGCAUGUGGGUGUAUCACUUGCUGGUACGGAGUACGUUUUUAAGCUCUACUAUGAUAUACAUGUGGGUGUAUCACUUGCUGGUACGGAGUAUAUUUGAAGGAAAUGCAAGAUACAUGUUUUUCGUAUGCUUUCUCUGCGUCUUCUAAUUGCUACUUUUGUGUAAAUAACUUAUGCACAUGUUUCCGAUCUAGCGCUAAUAACGGUCCUUGAAUGACAUCAGAAAUAUGCACUAUCCCUCCAAGAUCUAUAAUGUUUUCUUUAGUUUAUACUAAUUUUUCUUAGCUCGAUUGUGAUGAAAGAUUCAAGCCUAUUGGAACCACUCUCGAGUCCGCUUCCUGGAAAGACCAGUACUGGUGUCAUAUGAGAAGCCCAGUGGGGCUCAAACCCUGUAGAUAUGAAAUGUUAUAAGCCAUAGACGGCAUGUCCUGCCCCCAAGGCUGCGUGGAUUAGGUCUCUGACUAUGACUGAUGGGCACCUGUGACCUUCUUCCUCUGUUGUUUUAUUUUUGUUUGAUUUAACGUCAUACUGACACAUUUAUAGGUCAUAUGGUAACUUUUCAGCUUUUCGUGGUGGAGGAAGACCCCACCCAUUUGCCCCUCCGGGCAUUAUUUUAGCAUGGGCGGGUAACUGGAUAGAACCAUCGAUCUUCCGUAAGCCAGCUGGAUGGCUUCCUCUACUUGUAUAAUCAUAAAGUUACCAUAGGACAAUUGCUGACAUAUGUUUUCAGUAUCACUUUACGACCAAUAACAACAGUUUUUUGUUGAAACAGAGUCUUUAUAUAACGCAUCUAAAUGAUAGUAAGUUGCGUUAAUUAAAUGAAAGUAGGAAUAUACUGUUUAUCGUGUAGCAAUGCCUCCUCCUCUCUUGGUUGAAACAUAUUGUUUUGGUUUGUCCUCCAUUUUUCAUCUAUGUUUAUGUCGGUUCUUCAAAAAAUCGUGUCCGUUUCGUAUUUGUUUUCAUCUUCUUGAAGCCCUUUUAUUAGUAUAAUAAGACGAUGUACAGAACGCAGUCAUGACAGUGUAGGGCGAGACCAGAUGUCAAACAGGCAGUCGUUUGUGUGCGUUCAAUGUAGCUAAGCACCUUGAACAAUUUACAUAUUACAUGGCAUACAUGUCCCUCAAACUGAAACUAUGUAACUUUCAGCCAUGUAAAGAGAAGAAAGAUCUUCUUGAAAAGUUUGCAAGAUUGUUUUAAUAAUUUGGCAAAUCAAUCUGACAUAUUAAUAACAUGUCAACGCUGUACGUCAGAUAAUGUAUUUGACGUCAGGUUUAUAUGUUUUUACUUCUUUAAAGGUUUUUGGAUACCUUUGGAGUUAAUAUUUAAUGUCGUAAACGAUGUACAGAUGUACAUUUUGCUGUCAUGAUGGGUAAAGAUUAAUGUCAUACUAAUAAGUCAAAGAUCAAGUAGAUCGUUUUGCAUGUGGUUCAUACAUAUUCAAACGUUUCUAGUAUUGGAGAUAUAACGCACAAUUGGCGAUCAGGGGCCAGUUGUUCGAAAGGCUGUUAAAUUUAACGACUCGUUAUCAGAUAUAACGGACCGUUAAAUUUAACAGCCUUUCGAACAACUGACCCCAGGCCUUCGCGGUCAUUUGUCAAGGUUUCUGAAUUCGAAUCACGUGCCCGUCAUCUCACGGGGUUCCAAACCUUGCAUUGGGUGUAUAAUUAUUUCAUGUGAGGAAGUCAUCACGCUGGCUUAUGUAAAUUGGGUAUUUUUAUCAAGGUGCCCUCCUGUUCCUGAAAUAUUGCUCAGAGGGACACCUGGGGUUAUCCUCCCCUACGAAAUGUUGGAAAGUCGAAAUAUGACCUAAAGUUUAACCCAAUAGAAACAUAAACCGUGCAUAUAAAGAUGACUGUUUUGUGUGAGAAAAAUGAAUAAAAACGUUUAUUGCAUUCAUGUUUUAUUAUCCUCCAUUAUUUACUUUAUAGUUAUAUACGCUAUAUAUCGUAAACAUACUCGAUGUUUAUCAUAAUAGACUCCGUAAUCUUUUCUCUGGAUUAUAAUUCCGUUAUCAGUGUACGUGGCAUUUCAAUAUGUCCUUAUCUCUAUACACUAUAUAUGUUCAACAAACAGUAUCAUAGAUAACUGAUGAAUGUAUUCAUAAAAAUGGGGAUUUCAAAAUUAACCCUCUUGGGUGUCGUGCUCAGCCUUUGCUCCGUCGCUGCUAAGAAAGGUAACCAUGGCAACAAUCAACUACUUAAAAGGCUUGAAAUACUGGAGGACUAUCAGAAACGCAGCGGGACCAGAAUUAGCAAACUAGAAGACGAUUUUCAUGUACAAACCAGCGUCAUUGAGGAACAAAAUAAAACGAUUCAUCACCUAGAAGAAACUGUUCAUAAGCUGAAAUCAACUAUUGAACAUGCAUACCGUAUUUCAAGGCGUAAUCGACGAAACAUUUCGUUAAUUAGAGGCAUUCUGUUAAAACAGGACUUUAAAGACGGAUCUGCAGUAACUUCAGUUAACAAUGAUAUUUCAAAGACACAUUUUCUUAACCAACAUAAUGAUAAAAAUGACAACUCAAACCACGAUAAACACGUCCAAAAGCAAAACCACAAAACAAACAUCCAAGAACAUUCCCAACAGCAAAAUCACAAAACAGAUAUCCAUGAGCAUUCCAACCAUCAAAAUCGCAAAACAAACACCCAUGAGCAUUCCCAUCAGCGAAAUCACAAAACAAAUAUCCACAACCAUUCCCACCAACAAAAUCACAGUACAAACACUAAUGGACAUUCCCGAGAGCAAAAUCAUAAAACAAACACACAUGGACAUUCUCACCAGCAAAAUUACAAACCAAACAGCCUUCAAAAUUCUCACCAUCAAAAUCUUAACAAAAACACCCAUCAGCAUUCUCACCAGCAAAAUCACAAAGAAAACAGCCAUCAGCAUUCUCACCAGCAAAAUCACAAAGCAAACACCCAUCAACAUUCUCACCAGCAAAAUCACAAAUCAAACACCAGUCAACAUUCUCAUAAGCAAAAUCACAAAACAAAUACUACAAAAAGCAUCGACAAGUCCCCACGAAACCACAACCACCACAACCACCACAAAACCCAACAUACAACGAUACUAACAAACGCACACUACAAGCAGUAUGAUCAGUAUUUGCAAUCUCAAAAACAAAACCAUCACAUGCCUCCCCAUAGCGAGCAUAGAGGGCAUGCCAAUUUGCACAGCAAGUCAGAAUCGCAGAACUUAGUAACAAAACACCAACAUAAACAAAAUAGAAACGCUUCUAAUGUCGAUGGUCACGUGGAGCGUUACCAUAAACAUUCAAAUAAAUUAAACGGGAAAGAAAGAAGUGGUUCAAGCCAUCAGUAUGAAAACCAACAAACACGACACACGUUUUCGGAUGAAUCAAGCAAUGGACGAAGACCUUUGAGGACUCAAAGACAGGCAUUUGGUGGGAUUGCAUUUUCUGUCUACUUGGAUCAUGAUGCCACAGUUGCUCAACACCAAACUGUGAAAUUUAAUAAGGUUAUCACAAACGAUGGAGGCGGUUACAGUGCUCAGACAGGAGUUUUCACGUGCGCUGAGGGAGGCGUUUACAUGUUCACGUUUUCUAUUGGCCAAAGGGACCAAGGUCAUUACAUGUGGGCGGAGCUUAUGGUGAACAGUAAGAACAUGAUUGAUGCUGUCGUUGACACCUAUCACCCAGCCCAGGAUUUACAAGGCGGCAAUACGGUAAUUUUGAGACUGAAUGCAGGCGACAGGGUCUGGAUAGAUGCUACACAUAAUGGCAGUCACGUGGAGGGAAGUGGAACUCUGAGACUAACAACAUUCUCUGGACUUUAUCUGUACUCUUAAUAUUUAUUGUACACGUUUAUUUCUCAUAAAAAGUAAUACUGACAUCCAGUAUCAAUUUAUAUCAUAGUUGCUUAGAUGCAUUAGAUAAUUAUUACCCCUUCAAAGAAUAUACACAUUACUUAUUAAAGAGCUAGAAAUAAACUUGUGCAAAAUCAAUUCACAACAGUAUUGAUUCGAGUAUUUGUUAGCUACAAUAUCUAUUCAAUCUUAUUUUAUGCAUUAUUACUUUACAAACAAUUUAUACAGGCUAGUAAAGAAAUAAAUGCUUGUUUAUUUUGACGCGUAAACAUUAUCUUAAAGUUGAAAACCUGUUUACCGCUAAUCAGAUCAACAGUUGUACAGUUCAGCGGCGCGUAAGACGUUGGAAGCGGGUGGGGAAGUAGGUGAGGAAGCGCGUCAAGAGGUUGUGCAUUGCUGCGAAUUAAACCCAACACAUCCUGACCCGAACUCUGCAUCGCAACAAAUUUGUGUGCUGCCAAAAUAUGAACACACUAGGUUUCCACUGACGAACCCAUUGCGUAGUUAAUAACACUAAACACAUGACCCGCUCUUAUAAUGAAAAAGAAUUAUAUCAAUUAGAGAUAGCACCUAUAGUUUUAAAUUAUGAAAAACAAUUAAAAACAAAUGAACUAAUUUUGGGUAGUUAUAUAACAUUUAAGACCAAGCAUAAUACUAAAGUCUUGAUUUGAUCAUUAUUUGUUAUUUAAUUUUCCUGUAUCCACUCUUGCAGAUAGUACUACCUAUCAAACCAUUGAUAUGUAUUUAAUUUCUUAUUACAAAAUCCUGGACUUUUGCAAAAAGAACUUAUCUGACUUUGACAAAGUUGUCAAAUGAAUAUAUAUUGUCUGACAUCAAUCAAUUCAGAUCCACCUUUUAAGCUGAAAUUCAGAUAUACAUGUAAUGUUAUUUGUACCAUAUCACGCAUCAUAAAUAAAAAUAACGAAAAACUCUUCAAUAUUUGCCUACAAUGAAAUGACUUAUCAACAUGUUUUUAUCCAUACAGUUAGUUCAUUGUUCCUUUUAACUGGUGUCAUGCAGGUGCAUGGAUAAAUGAAAGGUAUUCAAUGAUUGAUCUCUAGUACUAUAUCUAUAUCAAUCAACUGGUAUUUGAAUUUGUCUAUAAAACUUUUAACGCGGUUUUAAGACACUUGAAAAAUUGUAUGAAUUCCAAAUGAAAACAAAAUAUUUUGUUUAUAAGAUUGUUUGUCUUUUACUUGAUAAAUAAAUAAUAAAUUCUAAUAA